UGAGUCGAUAAAUUUGUUUGACAUUGAAAGAUAUCGUUUUGUUCGAUCAAAAGUAGCGCGUUUGCACUUGCAGUGGUUCUGCUCGCUUCAAAAUGGCCAUAGAAUCAAAAAAGUUGAGAAAUGUAAAAAACGAACUAAGUAAAUUGGAUAAGGCGACUGCCGAAGUGAAAAAUUCAAUGGACCAGAUUGAAAUGGCGCUCGCUCCUAAAGCAAAGCAACCAACUAAUCUCGAGGACAAAUUAAAUAAAAUAUCCAAUGACUUGAAACACAUCACAGUUGGUCAGCAGAAAACGCAACUCGAAGUCGGCAAAAUCGAUGGCAAACAUUGGAUGAUUUACAUGGAUCUGCUGAAUCAGAAACUUCAACAUUUCGGCUGUACCGUAAACCAGAUUCCCAAUGCAACUAAAACUUUGUUUUCCAUAGAUUUUGGCAAAGGCCGUUUCAUCAUAAUCGAAGUCAAGCACACACAAAUCUGGCUCAUCCAAAUCUCUCCACAAAACGCCAAUUUUGCUAAUAUCAAAAAGCAUUUGGAUGAAUCACAAGACCUUAUGGGAUUGCUCACCUUCUUCUCUUCCAUGCCUAAAUAGUUGAUUUGCCCAAUUGUUAUAGUAUUUGAUAUAUUUACAAGAUGUUUAGCUCGACUCGGGGGACACAAAGGCGCACUCGUAGUAAAAUAUAAUUGCGUUUAUAUACCGAUGAAAACCAUGAAA